AUGCGUCAGAAGGUGAUUGGCCGUGGCAGUUUUAACAGUUAUAAUGAGUCUGACAUUGAGAUGUACUUCGGUCGUCUGAGCCAAUCCGACUCAAACCCUCACGAGACGAACAGGACAGCGAGUCGAAUCAUCAGUCAUCCUGACUACAACGAUUCCACUUAUGACAACGACAUAGCACUGAUCGAGCUGUCCUUCUCCGUGGACUUCUCUGAGCACAUCAGGCCAGUGUGUCUGGCGGCAGCUGGUAGUGUGUUUACUGCGGGGACAGAGAGCUGGGUCACUGGAUGGGGAGCACUACAAUCUGAAGACACCCAGGGCUCUGAUAUCCUGCAGGAGCUGAUGAUACCAAUCGUGAGCAACAGUGACUGUGAUGAUGCUUAUGGAGGGAGCAUCACAAGCAAUAUGAUUUGUGCUGGAUUCUUAAAUCAGGGAGGGAAAAGUAUAUGUCUGGAAGACUCUGGAGGUCCAGUGGUCAGCAGGAACGAUCCUCUGUGGAUUCAGUCUGGCAUUUCAAGUUUUACUGGAGAAAAAUGUGACGAUCCCAAAUUUCCCAGUGUAUUUGCCAGAGUUUCUCAGUAUGAGGACUGGAUCAAGUCUUACAUGGGCAGCAACCCACCUGGAUUUGUUCUAACUCCAACUCCAGCUCCACCUACAACUCCAACUCCACCUACAACUCCACCUACAACUCCAACUCCACCUACAACUCCACCUACAACUCCACCUCCACCUACAACUCCACCUACAACUCCACCUACAACUCCAACUCCACCUACAACUCCACCUACAACUCCACCUACAACUCCAACUCCACCUACAACUCCAACUCCACCUACAACUCCAACUCUACCUACAACUCCACCUACAACUCCAACUCCACCUACAACUCCAACUCUACCUACAACUCCACCUACAACUCCACCUACAACUCCAACUCCACCUACAACUCCACCUACAACUCCACCUACAACUCCAACUCCACCUACAACUCCACCUACAACUCCAAACAUAACUCCAAAUAUAACUCCACCUACAACUCCAAACAUAACUCCAAACAUAACUCCAAACAUAACUCCAAAUGCAACAUCCAACUCACACUUCAGAAGUGCACCCAACCUCCUCUUAUUCCCUCUUUCUCUCACAGUCUCGUUCAUUCCAUUCACCUUCUCCCUCUUUCUCUCUUCCUAA